AUGGCGGACAAGGACAAGCUGGCAAAGUACCGGACGGAGAUCCAACAGAUGAUGUUCGUCUCUGGCGAAACCGGUGACCCAUCCCCAGAAACAACCACACUCAUCGAGUCCAUUGUCCAAGACCAAGUUCAGCACAUGCUCCGCGAAUGUACUGCACUCGCCACCCGCCGCGGCAGCAAAUCAAUCUCCACAGACGACCUAUUCAUGCUUAUUAGGCACGACCGCGCCAAAAUCUCGCGCUUAAAGCACUUCCUUCAGUGGAAAGACGUGCGCCGCUCCGUCAAGGAUUCCGACGACAAGGGUGGCGAUGCCGGCGCGGACGUCGCCGCCGGAGACGCAGACCUAGGAGCCGGCGCAGAUGUAGGCGCAGGCCCCGCAGGCCCCGAAGCCGGGAAAAAGACCAAGCGCGCCAAAGUCGAUCUCGUCUGGGACGUGCAUUCGUACUUCACCGAGUUCCCGCCCAUGAUGGAAGAGGUCGAGGACGAAGAGGAAGAGGAAAUGAACUUUGCGACACUCCAGCGCCUCAAGAAUGCCGACGAGCGCACCAAGAACAUGACGCGCGAAGAAUAUGUCCACUGGUCUGACUGCCGUCAAGCGUCCUUCACAUACCGCAAGGGCAAGCGGUUCAAGGAGUGGGCAGGCUUUGGGCUCAUCACCGAUAGCAAGCCGUCCGACGACAUCAUCGACAUCCUGGGUUUCCUGACGUUCGAAAUCGUGCAGACGCUCACCGAAGAGGCGCUCAAGGUCAAGGAUGCAGAGGAUCAGUGGAAGAAGAGCCAUGGUGGCGAGGUCAAUCGGCUCAAGAGGAAGAGGGAGCGUGGCCUGUUUGAUCCGCCCGAGGAGGCGAGGGAGCCGGUGCAGCCUUCGCAUGUACAGGAGGGGUAUCGCAGGCUGCAGAGGGGGAAUAAUAAGAGCAGGGCUAUGCUCAAUUUCACGAGGAACGUGCAUCGCACGGCGCUGCGGCUGGUGAGUUGGAUCAUGUGUGAUAUUGUGGGACGUUAG